AAAACAACACGCAACCGCCGAGCUGCCGAUCGAGACCCGAGCAGCGCGGCGCAAAUUUUUAAAGAGCAAACAGUAAAAAAGUAACGGUUCAUAUUCGGUUAUUUUUAUUUUAUUCUGUUUCGAUGAAUCAGUUACAGUUUCAUUGUUUAGAAAGGAUCGUUUAAUUUUACUAUCAUGUCAGAAUUUUCACAAUCCUUAUUUCUCGGGGAGAACACUCUGGAUAGAAUAGAGAAGCAAGCAAUCCAGAGCAAAAAACCAGACAUCCAUUCUACUCCACCGACUUCCGGGGGUACCAAUCGGCGGGUGACCCGGUCUAGCCAGGCUGUGAAACGCCAAAGUAGCGACGAGCAGCCGCUGGAAGUGAUAGAAGAAUCGCCAACCAAUAAUGUGACCAGGUUCGGCGGUGGGAACGUUUCCCGGCAGAAAAGUGUCCGCGAGCGGUUGAAAACCAUCGGAACGCAGUCACGGUCGUCGCGAUCGCGCAAAGCAUUUCGCCGGAAUAAGUCCGAUUCGAUCGUGUCGAAAGGGCUAGACGCAACGGAGGUAGGCGUGUCGUGUCCGCAGAAAGCUAAAGCUCGCAGUGAAAGUCGUGAGCAGUUGGAUUUAAUCGAUUCGGAACUGCUGAAAAGCGACGUUCAUUUCGAUGGGUUGUCCGGAGUGGAAGCGUUGGCAGCGGGCGCGCAGAAAACGGAGAUCAACAUUUCGAAACUGUUGGAUUCGGAGAUAAGUUUUGAAAUGCCUGCCCUGUCCAAUCAUCAGAAUGAAAAGGAAAAACCAACGGAUGCCAAAGUUGCGCGAAAUAGCGAUGAAUUCGAGAAUAUGUUUGGGAGCACCGAUUUUUCAAUGGAUUUGCUUCCGCGCAGCCAAAGUUUAGUGAGUUCCCGUCGCGCUUCGAAGAAUUACGACAACAUGUUCGAGCAAAGCGCCUUUACAUUAGAGGUACCAGAAGAACCUAGAGCGGCAGAGCCGCAUGUGACUGGCUACUUUCAAGAACCUGUCGAGGAUAAAGAGUUGAGAGAAUUUUCUGAGCUUCAAGAGUCGCUUCGUGUUGACCCAGACGAUCCGGAACUAGCAAAUUUAUCUGAAGUUAUAGAAAUCCCUCUGUCUAUCGAAAAUGUGACUUUCACUCGAAUACCUUCGGUAGAAAGUUUAGGGGUGGAACAACAAGAAAUGGACAAAUUCCUAUCAGAAGCAAUCGAGAAAUCCAAAACUUCGAUUGUCGAAGUUUUGGAAAACGCCAGGCAAGCGAAUCUGAGCAGGACACUUUCUAUGACGCAGAACCACACAUUCCCUUCCCAAAUUCCGUCAAAGCCAAAUGUUGUGAACAUGCGAUCUGAACCAUCCUCUGACGGGUCAAUGUCUCUCAACAGUUCGAAAAACCUGCGCCUGGUGUCCAACUGGGGUCUGCCUGCCGCCAUUACAAAAGCUUACGAGCGCAAAGGCAUAACCGAGCUGUUCCAGUGGCAAGCGGAUUGCCUCGCCAACGCAAAGGUGAUCCUCGAGUGCGCUCAUCUAAUCUACAGCGCUCCUACUUCCGGAGGGAAAACGCUGGUCAGUGAAUUCCUGGUGGCUAAGACCGUAGUCGAGCGGAAACGAAAAGCGAUUGUGAUAUUGCCAUUUGUGGCCGUUGCCCGGGAGAAGAUGUUUUAUCUGCAGGAAAUCCUCGCACCGGCGGGCAUUCGCGUCGAAGGCUUCUUUGGUGGCCACAACCCGCCGGGUGGUUUCGACAGCGUUGACGUUGCCGUGUGUACAAUCGAGAAAGCCAACUCCAUCGUCAACCGCCUGCUGGAGCAACGCAAACUGAGCGUCGUCGGGCUUUUGGUGGUGGACGAAAUCCAUCUGAUUUCGGAUCCUUCCCGCGGUUAUAUUUUGGAGCUGUUGCUGACGAAGGUUCGCUUCGCCGGUGAACGACUUGACGAGCGGAUUCAAAUUGUGGGCAUGUCGGCCACGUUGCCCAACAUGGAACUGCUGGUGGAGUGGUUGCAGGCGGAACAGUUUCGGACCGAUUAUCGGCCGAUCGAGCUGAAGGAGAUGGUCAAGCUGGGGACGUGUGUGUUUGAUAAUCAGAAAAAGCUGUUGAGAAAACUGGACCCGGAUCCAUUCCAAGGGAUUAUGAGGGAUCAAGAUAACGUGGCUCAGCUAUGUUUGGAGACUAUUCUGGAGGGUUGCUCGGUUAUUGUGUUCUGUCCAUCCAAGGAUCGGUGUGAGCAGUUGGCACUUCAUUUGGCAGAGUUUAUUUAUCGAACCAUGAAAAGUGAGGGGGACCUUGGCGAACAGUUACGAAAAGAAAUCAGUCCAGAAAAAUUGGCGGAAGCGUUAGGUCUUUUGAAAAACUGUCCAACGGGAUUGGAUGCAGUGUUGGGGAAAACGGCUCGCUAUGGGUGUGUAUAUCAUCAUGCGGGACUGACAGCCGACGAAAGGGAUAUUAUUGAAAGUUGCUUUAAGGGUGGAACUCUGCGAAUCAUAGUGGCAACCAGCACGUUAAGUAGUGGAGUGAAUUUACCGGCUAGGCGGGUUAUCAUCCGAACACCCAUGUUCGGUAGGACGGUGAUGAAUUCGUUAACAUAUCGUCAGAUGAUAGGUCGAGCUGGCCGAAAGGGCCGUGAUGUGUUGGGAGAAUCAAUUUUGAUGUGCGACGGUCAAAAUUCGAAAGCUGCUUGGGAACUGGUCAAAACGGAUCUGAAACCGAUUUCUUCCUGUCUGGACGGAGACGGCUAUAGCCACCUGAAGCGUGCGAUUCUCGAAAUAAUCGCUUCCGGUGUGGCUUCCAGCACUACAGAUCUGGAACGCUUUGUAAACUGCACCCUUUACAGUCAUGAAAAGAAAUGCCACUUCAGUUUUUCGCUUGAGUCACUCGAACAAAGUCAUCGCCACAGGGUCUGGUCGAAAAAAGACGAAUCGGUCAGCGAUCAGCAGAUCGAUUCGGCCGAUCCUAUCGCAAGCUGUGUCCGUUUUCUGUUGGAGUACGAAUUCAUUAGAAUGCAGAGCAACGCAGAGGGUGGUGAAACGCUCCUAGUUUCUACUCCUCUAGGGAACGCAUGUCUGUCAGCUUCGAUGGCCCCUCGCGAUGGGUUCCUGCUGUUCAGCGAGCUACAGAAAUCUCGCCAGUGUUUCGUGUUGGAAUCGGAACUGCACGCUAUCUAUCUGGUGACGCCGUACUCCGUGAGCUACCAGUGGCAAAACAUAAGCUGGGUGGAUUUUCUUGAGCGAUGGGAGAGUAUGGACGCUGCCAUGAGACGGGUCGGCGAGUUGGUGGGCAUUCGAGAUGCUUUUCUGGUGAAGGGGUUGCGAGGGAAGAUCGCAGAUGCUGACCAUGAAGCGCUGAUGAUACACAAACGUUUCUACACAGCAUUGGCUCUGAAACGGUUGGUCGACGAAGAACCGCUCAGUGUGGUGGCACAGCAAUUCCAAUGUUCCCGGGGUUUGCUACAGAGCUUACAACAAGUGGCUGCCACUUUUGCCGGUAUUGUCACAGCAUUCUGCACAUCGCUCAACUGGAACUUGCUAGCGAUGAUCAUCACUCAGUUCAAGGAGCGGCUCUUUUUUGGCGUACAACCGGACCUGUUGGACUUGAUGCGAAUUUCCAGUCUGAACGGGCAACGAGCUCGGCUGCUAUUCAACGCUGGCGUAACCGGCCUCUUGGAGUUGGCCAAUAGCGAUCCGCUUGAGGUUGAGCGAAUUUUGUACAACUGUGUGAGUUUCGAAACGGAGCAACGUCGCAACGGUGAAGAGGAUUUCGAAACCCGACGGAGACUCAAUCAGAGGAAUCUGUACGUGACUGGGCGAGCUGGGUUGACCGUACAGGAAGCGGCAAACUUAAUGGUGAAAGAAGCCCGCCAAUACAUCCAGUUGGAGAUGGGUGUGUGCAAUCCACAUUGGGUGGAUAGCUUAGAGGAAAAGGUGGCAGAUAAAUCGACUUCAGGCGAGAAAGUUGAUAGCGAAAACUUAUUUUCCCCCGUCCAGGUAAAUGAGCAAAAAGCGCCGGAAAAAACACCUCCCGACGGAUCACGACAACAAGUUCCCUCGGUGACGUCGUUUGAAGUGUCCGAACUGGACAGCAACAGGGAGAUCGAACAGUUUCAUAAUUCACUAAUAAUGAACUUUUCACACGUAAUAAGUGAAGAUAAGGAGCAAUCCCAACAAUUGGGGGGUGGUAGAUACGAUAAUUUGAGCGUAGUGGAUCUUUGUGCGGAUACAGAUUUAUUCGAAAAUUUUGCAUCAAUUUUAGAUCAAUCCGAGUUUGUUAGUGUAUCGUUUGCUGUAAGUAAGUACGGCUGUUCAAAGUCAGUUAUCGGAGGCAAUUUAUUGAUCAAUCAGCAAGAAAAAAGUGACCAAGAUGAAGUUGUCAGAAAUUAUCCGUUCUUGUUUGGUGAUAACCUCUACCUUAGUGGAAUUGCUUUCACUUUUCCGGUAACCGACGACGAAAAAACAGAAAAUGUGGUUUACUUUUUGAAUCUUAAAAAAUGUUCCUCAGUAACAUGUGACCAGAAGAAACUAUUAGUUGGACGAUUGCUGGAGCGUGAAGGUGUCACCGUCGAUCUGUACGACGCAAAAGAUCAGCUUAAGAUGGUCUAUCGAAGUGGACUACUAUCGCUAGAGCAGGAAGUGGUUGCCAAUCUGCGUGAUCCAAAAGUGGCAUGCUGGUUGCUGCAAGCAGAGGAGAAAGUCAUACCCGUUAAAGCCAUGGUUCAGCAUUAUUGUCCAGAGCUAACCACUCUGUGUCAAAUUGCGGGGCAUUGCCCUGGAUCCUCCGGUUCGGGCUCGAACUACAUGAGCACAAUCGAUGCUCAAAUUAGAUGCACCGUGGAGAGUUUCCUCGUAUCGCAUUUAAUCCGUGCACAGAUAGCCCAGUUCGAUCAGGUAGAUCGAGCACAGGAGAUGCGUACCACAUUCACGCAGCGGGAAAUGCCCACGCACGCAGCAUUGGCACGGAUGGAACUGGUUGGCUUCCCAGCCGAUAGCAACAAGCUGACUCACCUGAUCGAGCGACUCAAGGUGGCCAAGGAGCGGAUUAGCGAACGAGUCCGAAUGUUGAACGGAGGACGACGGUUGAACUUUGGCUCUGCCAGCGAUGUGGCUGCGGUGCUGAAGGUGCCCCGUGAACGUAGCGGUAGGGUGAAAACCUGCCGCCAGGUGCUGGAGAAGAUCGAUUCUCCGCUGGCGGCCCUAGUCAUAGCGUACAGGAAGAUCGAGAGUAAUCUUAGUCGAACGGUCGAGCCACUCCACAGGGCGAUUCGAGACGGUAAGCGGGUCUACGGAAGCAGUUAUUGUUUUACCUCGACCGGAAGGAUUUCCAUGCAAGAGCCAAAUUUGCAGAAUGUGGUGAAAGAUUUCAAGGUGGAAAUUGACCCCGGUCAAGUAGAAAUGUUCAGCUGUCGUAGCACGUUUGCCUGCUCCGAUCCGGAUCGUAUUUUGCUGUCAGCAGAUUUCUGCCAGCUGGAGCUGUGUGUUCUAACGCAUCUGUCACAAGACCGAAAGCUUCUGGCGGUGAUGCAUGGUGGGAAAGAUGUUUUUCGCGGGAUCGCUGCGAAAUGGAACCACAUCGAGGAUGAGACGUUGGUAUCAGACGAGCUACGGAACUAUACCAAAACCAUCGUAUACGGGGUGAUUUAUGGUAUGGGCGCCAGAUCGAUGGCUGAGGAACUGAACGUUGAUGAAGACACGGCUCGUACGCUGAUGGAGCAGUUCCAUUCAACUUAUCCGGAGAUACGGCGCUAUGCCGACAAGGUGGUUCAAGUCACCAGAGAACGUGGCUACAUCGAAACGCUCACUGGCAGGAGGCGUUACCUUCCAGCGAUCCAUAGUACAGAUCCGAAGAAACGUUCCGAGGCGGAACGGCAAGCUGUUUGCACAACGAUUCAAGGUUCGGCAGCGGAUAUUCUGAAGAACUCGAUUCUGCGAAUGAUACGUAAUCUGCGCAAGUACCGCGGAACGCUUCGGUUAGGACUGGUGGAGCUUGUGCUGCACAUGCAUGACGAGCUGAUUUUCGAAGUUCCAAAGGAUCAGGCCAGAAACGUUGCCAAGAUUCUUAAAUCUAGUAUGGAGAACUGCGCGAAACUUAGUUUGCCUUUGAGAGUUAAGGUCAAAAUAGGACCCAGUUGGGGUGAAAUGUAUGAAACUCAAUUGUGAUAUGGAUAUGCGCUGCAAGACUGAUCUGUUGUUUAUCUUAAA